GGAAAGGAACCUGUAAACCACUGUUUGCAAUAACCCACAGUCCUUAGCGGUGCUCUGUGUUAGAUGUUGUCGACUAACCCACAGUAAGUUUCUCAUCACCAGCCAUGGCACACGGUGGGAGCUUCACUGUUAACGUUUGUGAAAAGGAUUCUGACGACGAACGCACUGGAGAAAGUGGACCCAGUCAGAAGUCUUCCCUACUCUUCAAAGAACCAGCGUUCAAUGUCCAGGAGUAUCCUGAAGCCAUACAGAUGGGAACGUUGAUAGAACACUUAGACUCGUCUGACAGCGAGUCGACAAGCAGCAGUGAAAGAAGCAAAGAGUCACUGAACAGUAAGCCGAGAUGCUCUUUACAAAGAAAUAACUGGUCAGCCGCCACAAAGAGGGUGCUCUCCUCCAUGCCCAGUCGCACCACUGGGUUGCAUAGUUCUGCAGGCAUAGCCAUGAAAGCCAGACGGACACCUGCUGAACUGCCUCCCCGGACCUCGUCCCAUGACUCCCUUCACACCCCCAGAGUCACCCAGGAAGGUACAAUUCGACCCGACUUGGAGGAAGUUGACGGAACAAAAUACUUGGUUGGUUCAAGGUGCGCUGAAGGCAGUAAGGAGCAGUUGGUGUCGGAUCUCCGAGGCCUCUCCGUGAGUGAAGGCAUGCGUAAGCUGCGAGCCAUGCCGCUCAGCCUGGUGGACAAGAGGGAAAUCAGGAAAUGUUCUUUUAGCCCUGCAGCUAGGAAUUCACUCAACAGGAACUUCUUCUGCAACAAUCUCCUGAGCACAUACAUUUCAAGGAUGUGGCGCCACUGCACGUUCACAGGCCACCCUAUUGUCAGCUUCCUGACGUUGUGGAACUCGUCCUUGAAGAAGCUGAGUGGACGCUACGGGACCGGUGUCCUCUCCUACUUCCUCUUUCUCCGGACCAUCCUGUUCAUCAACCUGCUCCUCUUCACCAUCACCUGCUUGUUUCUGGUCAUUCCUCAGGCCAUCCACCCUCCUCCGACUGACUCGCGUCUUAACAGCUUCACCGGCAUCGAGCUUCUCACUGGCACGGGUUACCUCUCUCAGAGCUUGAUGUUUUACGGCUACUACUCCAACGUCACGAUUGAAAUGAAUCAGCUGGCGGCCCACAGUGCGGUGACACACAUGGUGCCCUACUGCAUACCCACAGCCUAUUUCUUUACCAUCACUAUUUCCUUCUUUAUUAUCUGCAUCGUUCUGGUGUACAGCAUGUCCAAGUCCUUCGGGAAAAGUUUUCAGGUGUUCAAGUCCACCGGGGAUCUGUCAGAAAAGGUUUUCUGCUCUUGGGACUUUAAAGUCAUCAAGAGGCCAUCUAUCAGACUGCAGUCUGAGAAAAUCAGCACUCAACUCAAAGAGCAACUUUCUGAGCUGACCAGCGGAGAGGAGGAAAGCAGUCCCAUGCAGCGGUGUUGCAACCUUGUCAUUCAUGCAGUAGCAUGGCUCAUUUGUCUGGCCAGCAUCUUCCUCAGUGCCGGCGGGGUCUACUUCCUAUCAAACUCAAGAAGCCUUGUCGUCACCAUCGAAGCAUACACAAAACAACACUUCGGCCCACACCACAAGAAUCUGCACCUUUUGUUCACGUCUGCAGUGGUGUCUGGCUUCAACCUGCUGCUGCCUGGCAUCUUCAACUUGUGCGCUUGGAUGGAGAAGCACAAGUCGCCCAGCACACGAGUGUAUGUCUCCAUCUUCAGGAACCUGCUUCUGAAGAUCAGUAUUAUUGGCGUGCUGUGUUACCACUGGCUUGGAAAAAUUGCUGAGAUUCAAGACCAUCAAGCUUCGGAGUGUUGGGAGAAUUUUGUGGGCCAGGAACUUUAUCGCCUCCUCCUGAUGGACUUCAUCUUCACAGUGCUUUACACCUUUCUAGGGGAGUUUAUUUGGAGGCUUUUCUCCCAGAUAAUAUUGAAGAAGAACAGAAAGCCUGUGUUCGACAUUGCUCGUAAUGUGCUGGAGCUCAUAUAUGGACAAACUCUUACUUGGCUGGGGGUGCUGUUGGCUCCUCUUCUCCCCGCUGUCCAAAUCGCAAAACUGUUUGUGCUGUUUUACAUGAAGAAGAGCAGUCUGAUGCUCAACUGUCAGGCAUCCAAAAAGCCCUGGAGGGCCACUCAGAUGACAACACUAUUUAUUACUCUGCUGUGCUUCCCCUCGUUUCUCGGUGCUGCCGUUGCUGUCGUGUAUACAGUUUGGAUGAUCAAGCCUUCAUCUGGAUGUGGCCCCUUCAGGAAUGUAGCCAGUAUGUUUGAGUCUGGAAAGCUGUGGGCUGAGAGGAUGAAGGACUCUCAACAGAUACUGUCUUGGCUCAUUCGAGCAUAUUAUACUUUCAUAGAUAAUCCGCUCUUCUUGUUCCUGCCCACUGGUAUCUUUCUACUGGUGAUAUAUUUCCACACCCAGGUAGUUGAUGGCCAAAGGAAAAUCAUCAGGCGAUUGGAAAAGCAAAUUGAAAAUGAAGGCAAAGACAAAAAAUUCCUCAUCACCCAACUGCAAUAUUUGUAUGAGGAAAAUAAUCCAGAUUCCAGUCACUGAUCUGAGGAAGAUGAUAUCUCCCCGUUGUCAUGCAUACUGACGGAUACACGUUGUUAUCUCAUCAGCGCUGAGACGCCUGUGACACUGAACACAUGACUCAUGAAUGUGAAACAAAAGUAAAAUAAGUAGCUUUCUGAAGUGCCAACAGACUAUGUAAGAUGUUAUUUAAAUACUAAAUCAGGCUUGCUUCUGGCACAAUGCAUUUUUUAUGUUCACUUAGUUUUUGUAUGGCAUUUAUAAAUGUUUUGUAUGUGAAAAACCAAAAUAAAAUCCUAUAAAAGCAUAUAUUACGUUUAUCCAAAAUCAUCUGGGGUAUUUCACAGUAAUCCUGUCUGGAGCAAACAGCAGUAAUGCUCUUAGCUGUCUCAUUAGUUAUCUUCUGGAAAUAAU